CCUGCCUUCUUCACGUAAAAUCCCCACACCGGUAUCUUUAUAAUGGCCCUUCGCACACAGACAAAGGAGCUGAGGGUGCUUGCAGCAGAUGCUGGUACAAAACUGCGUCUCUUCCUCGCACGCAACUUCCGCGACAUUAUGCCCCUCCGCCAAGAUGUGAUCUCUGCGCUGCGUAAAAAGGCUGUGCAUGUCAAUGGGGACCUGACACUUGACACUCACAUACUAAAGGAAGGCGACACAGUACGGGUCGAGAUGAGCCUGGUUGAUCUCUAUACCCGGAGACUACAGGUUCUGGGGACCGAGUUGAAAUUCUGUGACUCUGAUCUUGCCGUCGUGAUGAAACCAGCAGGUGCGCGCAUGUGCGAUAUCGGAUGGGCCGUGCCAGCGACACUGCUGGUUAGCGGGGACGAAAAGUACAAGGAUAUCAGCACGGAGCCGUGGAUCGUUGUCAAUGAGAUUGAGCGUGGAUCACAGGGACUCGUGGUUUUGGCCAGAGAUGCAAAGAUCCAACAGGAGCUGGCCGAAAAAAUUAAUACUGGGCAGAUCACGUUCAGGUUUGGUGCACUUUGUCAUGGAAAGAUCGAGCAGAGCCUGGUGAAUAGCGUCACCUUGCAGUCGCUGGAGGCCGCAUCGGUGUCGGGUGACAACUCUGAGGAGACUACGCCGUUGGACCUCUGGUGUGAAUAUAACCGUAUUCCUGCUGACAUCUUCAACCACGUCGAGAUCCAUAUUGAAUCGGUGACACGCAGCCCCAAUGUUGGCCACCUGACAAUGAUCAAAGCAUCGGUGGGGCAUGCUGCUCAUGCAAGCCUGGUUCUGCGCCGGUACAUGCAUCUAAUCGGACACCCUAUCGUCGGGUCGCAGACCUAUGCCCGGCCACUGGCGAACCAUCGUGAUAAGGGGAUCCUGAUGUCACUCACUGGAGUGACGCUUUCUGCUACGGAUGCACGCUAUGAGCCUGUAACCAUUGACGUGCCGAUUCCGCAGAAGAUAAUGUCAGUUUGCGAACGCGAAGUCAUGUUUUACGAACGUAGACAGAAGAAGGCACGAGAGGAGCUAGAACAAUCCGAUGUACUGCCAGCAGACGGUGCAGAACUGGCUGCCGAUGGUAUUCCUGCUGCGUAUAUCACCGGAACCAAGGACUUUUGUGGACACACAUUCCGUGUCUCGAAGAACACGCUUAUCCCGCGGCCCAGUACGGAGACGCUGGUUUCUGCAGCCGUUGAGUUUCUAGAGAAAGCUGCUGGUAGCCAAGCAGCUCCGCAGGUUCUGGAUCUUGGGACUGGAACCGGAUGCAUCCUUCUGUCAAUACUACUGAAGGUACCUGCAGCACGUGGUGUCGGUAUUGAUAUCAGCCCGGCAGCGCUUGACAUUGCACAGGCGAACGUCGCACUGCAUGGGCUGGCUUCACAAGCAAAAAUGCUGCCAAGCGACUUUGAGUCAUUUGCAGCCGAUGAGAAGGUGCUGCGACAGUCGCCAUAUGACUUUAUAGCAUGCAACCCGCCGUAUAUUUCGCCGCACAAGGCUGUACGCAUGACGCGGAUGAUCGAGCACGAGCCGCAGCUGGCACUAAUUGCCGAGGACGGCGGAUUCCAGGCAUACAGCGCAAUCCAUAGAUCGCUAAUGGCGAACAUGGAGAUCCUGCAACCAGCGGGCUGCAUCGGGUUUGAAAUCGGCAAGGGCAUGGAGCGCAUCGUGCGGAACAUAUUCUAUGACUGGACUGAGGUCGGUGCGUACAACGACAACCAGGGAUAUCUGCGCGUGCUGGUCUUCCAGAGGCCAGUGUUAUGCUAAGUGUAUAUCUUUACCUAUAUAUAAGAUUUUAUAGUC